UCCAGUCGAUAGUGUCAGCUCUAACGCCCUAACAAAUAAAAAAAAGGAGGAGGAGCAAAAGGACAAAGGAUGACCAAGAUCCCAGGCAGCAAUCUGGAGUUUGUCCGCGAGGAGGACUUCGUGGAGUACUACAUAUUUCCCAAGAUCCCCGACAACGUAGAAGAUGAAGGCGCGCUGCGCAAACUGAUGCUCCAGAUCCGCAACGAGAUCUCGGCCAUUGUUAGGGAGAAGUCCUUGGAGCGCAGCUAUCUGUGGCACAAGGACGAGUUUCAGCUGCAGGUGCGGCUGGGCAGCGCCGAAGAGCGCCUGCUGAACGAGGAAACAAAUCCGGAGCAGGAGGCGGAACUGGGCGACCUCCCACCCCACUUCCACGGCGUUACCCACUAUGGCGACAACAUCAGCGACGAGUGGUUCGUUGUCUAUCUGCUCACGGAGAUCACACGUGCUCGCGGUGACUGCAUUGCACGGGUGAGCGAUUCAGAUGGCGAGUUCCUGCUCAUCGAGGCGGCGGAUGCCCUGCCCGACUGGGCGUCUCCGGAAACUUGCGAGCAGCGCGUUUACCUGGUCGGAGGUGCCCUGCAGCUUCUCCAGAACUCCGCCGCCACCAGCCAGGACGAGCCACUAACCAUGGCCGCUGCUGUACAACGUAUACGAAUGAAUCCCACCCUGUAUCGCUGCUCGCGGCAGAUACAGUCAUGCAUUGACGCGCGCCUGAAGGAGUACCAGAUCGCUCAGCCGCACUUUUCCAUUCAUCGCCAGGUGUUGGAACUCCCGCACAGCGCGGCACAGCUUCUGAAACAAAAGCCAAGGCUACUCUCCUCGGCGGUUCGGGCUUUCUGCGAACGAGACUCUCUGGACGUCAAGGCGCUUCGCACCAUGCGAUAUUUCCCACCGGAGGCAACACGCGUGCGCACCAACGUGCGUUUCACCCGCUGUCUGUACGCCAUGCUGUCGCACCAGCAGUAUCUGCCCGAGAAGAGACUCGGUUGGCAUCUCACAGAUCCUGUAUCGGAGCCGGAACGGUAUAAGGAGCAACUCUUGGGCUUGAAGCUGGCCAGUGGACUGGAGAUCCUGGCCACUCAAGCCAAGCGGAUAGAGGGCCAAAAGCUGGAAGAUCUUCCUGCAUGGCGAUCGUAUUUGCGGAGCUUGCAGAGCAAGGGCUACUUCCGGGACAACAUCGAGGGCAGUGCCGAGUACCAGGCGCUGCUGAACAAAGCCAAAGAGUAUUUCCAUGGCAACCAGGAGCGUUUCCGCACAGCCUCCAGAGCGGGCGCAGAGAUCCUAGACCUCUUGCUCCAUCCAGCGGAGGCUGCUUCGGAGGAGCUGCGCGAUGAGGAGAACAACCUGCAGCCCAGCGACUCGGAUGAGUGGUUGAAUAUCAGCGCUGAGGAUCUGGACUCCAUGCUGCAGGAUCGCUACGGACCCAAGAAGCUCUACAAGCCAAACGGACAAAUGAAUGCCGAGGAGUUCACCAAGCAGCUGGCAGAGUUUUUAGAUCGACAGUCCAACUACGAAGGCAUUGAGCACCGCGGGCUUGAGGAGCCGGAGCUGGACUCUGACGACGACGAACCGCCGCCACAGGCCAAGAGUUCCACAGGACUUGGGGCGAAGGUCAAGAAGAAUCCCUCCAUGCGCAAGGCUUGCCAGCGAAAUUCAAUAAUCCAGCCAGAGGAACCGGACAGCACACAUGUGCGGAAUUUCUUGGACUUUGUUAUACCCGAAGACAACUGGGACUCCACCUCAGAGAUGAGUGACUACGCAGACGAGGACGAUAUGGAGAGGAAUCUUAAUUCGCUUUCUGGCGGUGGCAGUGUGUUCCCACUCGACCGACAGAUCCAAUCGUAUAUGGAGCAGAUGGACCGCGAGUUGGCGCAGACCAGCGUGGGCAAAUCCUUUCACGGCAAGAAGGCUCCCCCAAAGGCGGAUGAGGAUGAUUUCGACGACAUUGAGGACUUUGAGCCCAUCAAUAUAAACGUGAACACGCUGCGCAACAUGAUGGAUAGCUACCAAUCGCAGGUGGGCGGCGCAGGUCCGGUUUCCAAUCUGUUUAGCGCCAUGGGCGUGGGCAUGUCAUCUGGCGAGGACAUGGAGCAUAAGGAUAUAUCCGAAUCGGCCGUGUAAGCGGGAUUACAGGAAUUAGUCUAGUCGUUAAGUCCAUUAAAUAAACGUCAAUGUGAAUAUUUCAAUGUAA